GUCAGGGUGUCUUUAUGACAGAGUUUUUUGGAAUUUUUCCAUACGAUUACGAAAAGUACAACAAAAUGUGUUGAGAAGUGACUUUUGCUCCUCGCUCAUAGUCAUGCGAUAAUAUUACGAUUACGUAUUUAAUUCAACGUUUCUAAUCUUUAGCUAAGUUCACGACUGUUCAUUUCAUAAUUAAUUCAUUCCAGUUACGUAUUUGUGUAAAGUGGCUGGUGGUGAGUGGUGGUGUGGUGUGCAAGUUGGUGCCUGGUGGUAUAACCAUAUAAUGUGUUCUCGUUGUGCGUAAAAAUUAGUUUUAGUGCUUUUAAAAUGGCACCAAAUUUUAGUAAAUUUACAUCAAGGACAGAUGUUAAAAUCGGCCUGGCUGCUUCUGCGGCUUUAGGUGCAUGGAUAGUUCGAAAUGCUUUAAAGUCAAGGAAACCAAAAAAUGUCAGGAAACCAGGCCAGUUAUCACCGGAAGAAAGAGUACAAUAUAUGAUCAAAGACAAAGACAGAAAGGGACCAAAAGCUCAAGUAGAUGCACGGUUCUUUGCAGAACUUAAAGCACUAUGGCACAUAAUGGUACCAGGGUUGUGGACAAAGGAAAGUGCAUUUAUGGUGCUGAUAGCUUUAUCCUUGAUUGCAAGGACAUUAUGUGAUCUGUGGCUUAUACAGCAUACUACUUUGGUUGAGGGAUCCAUAAUAACAAUGAACCUCAGUGAUUUCAGAAGGCUUUUAGGAAAAUUCUUCAUGGCCAUGCCAUUGAUAUCGCUAGUCAAUAAUGUCCUUAAGUGGAGUAUAGGAGAGGUGAAAUUGCGGUUGCGUACUAACCUCUCACUGCAUUUGUAUCAGCAAUAUUUGAAAGGUUUCACAUACUACCAACUAACGAACUUGGACAACCGGAUAUCCAACGCGGACCAACUGCUCACCACGGAUAUCGACAAGUUCUGCGACACCGUCAUCGAUCUCUACAGCAACAUUAGCAAACCCAUGCUGGAUAUAUCCAUUUACCUGUACAGACUCACCGUUAACUUGGGAGCUUCGACACCCGGCAUAAUGAUGGCCUACCUGUUCUUCUCUGGCAUAUUCCUCACGUAUCUUAGAAAACCAACAGCUCGAAUGACUGUACAAGAACAAAAACUAGAAGGUGAAUUCAGAUACGUCAAUUCGCGACUCAUUACAAACUCGGAAGAAAUCGCCUUCUAUCAAGGCAACCAUCGCGAGCAGCUGACGAUAUUGGCGAGCUUCUACAAGCUGACGCGGCAUCUGAGGAACUUCCUCAACUUCCGUGUUGGCAUGGGAUUUAUCGACAACAUCGUGGCUAAAUAUAUCGCAAUAACAGUUGGUUUCUACGCGGUAUCGCGGCCAUUCUUCGUCAGAGACCACAAUUUGUUAACGACUGGCACAGAACAAGAUAGAUUUAGGCAUUACUACACAUACGGCCGCAUGCUAGUAAAGAUGGCGGAGGGUAUCGGUCGUUUGGUGCUGUCGGGCAGAGAGCUGAGCAAGUUGGCCGGCUUGACGGCGCGAGUGACGCAGCUCAAGAACGUUCUAGAAGACGUCAACAGGGGCAACUACAGCCGGACCAUGGUGGAGAGGCACAGCAAUGGCACUGUCCCGCUCAUGACGUUGACACCGGGCGCGGGCCGCAUCAUCUACCAGGACAAGAUCAUCCGCUUUGAUAGAGUGCCGCUCGUCACGCCCAACGGAGACGUGCUCAUUAAGGAGCUCACCUUCGAAGUGAAAUCCGGCAUCAACGUCUUAGUGUGCGGGCCGAACGGUUGCGGCAAGUCGUCGAUGUUCCGAAUGUUGGGCGAGCUGUGGCCAAUAUUCGGUGGAACACUCACCAAGCCGCCCAAGGGGAAACUGUUCUACGUGCCGCAAAGACCUUACAUGACUCUAGGCACAUUUAGAGACCAGGUGAUCUACCCUCAAACGCGAGAGGAAAUGCUGCGUCGCGGAAGAACCGAUGAGGAGCUGAACAGGUUCCUGGACAUCGUGCAGCUGUCCUACCUCACCCAAAGAGAAGGAGGUUGGGACGCUGUUGAAGACUGGAUGGACGUCCUCUCGGGAGGCGAGAAACAGAGGAUAGCCAUGGCGCGCCUGUUCUACCACGCGCCACAGUUCGCGAUCUUGGACGAGUGCACAAGCGCAGUCUCUGUGGACGUGGAGGGCCACAUGUACCAGUACUGUCGAGAGAUGGGCAUAUCGCUGUUCACGGUGUCGCACCGCAAGUCGCUGUGGCGGCACCACGACCACUACCUGCAGAUGGACGGCCGCGGCUCCUACGUGUUCGAGGAGAUCGACACCGACACGCAGGAGUUCGGCUCCUGAUCGCGUCCUACACGCACGCAACAAAAUAACGUCAAAGUAAAAUGGACCUAAACUUUCUUGAUUUAAAGUCAAAAAUUCAGUACCAUUGAUUUUAACUUUGCCACGUUUCCGCUUGGAGCGCUGGCUGUAAAUGUAUGUACAAACUUGAGCAUUAAAACAAGGCAGUUAAGGGCUAUUUUACUUUAACGCCUAAGUGUUUCGACUCUUGGUGAGAAGUAAAAUCUUAUGCUGAGGGUACUGGUGUAAGAGUAUCAAUGAGACGCUUCAAAGUUAUGCUCUCUUGGUACAUAUCUACCACUUUUAUAAGUUACGCCGAUGUUAUUUUGUCUCGUAGUCAUUCCUCAUUGCUGAGGGUCGUGUCUCCUUUAUAAUUUUGUAGCUGGUUACGAAAAAAUUGUUA